AUGGAAAACUUGCUAGAUCAGACUCAUCGUAAUACGAGAAGAGGCAUUGUUUUCUCCCAUACUCGCAAGACUUUUACGAUAAAGCCAGACUCUCCAAAAACAAGAGAGGCAUGCCUGGCAUUAGGCUAUGAUCCUCAAAUAUUUUAAUUAAAAACUUUUGAGGAGUUUGCAGAACCUGGUCUGAGUGAAAACGUUCAAAAAAUGAGAUAUGAUCAUUACAUGAAAAAGACUGAAAGUGCUUUACAAGAAAUUAGCAAGAUGCGUAGAGUGAUUAUCAAGAAAUAAAAAGCCAUUACAAAUCUACAUCUGGAGAAGAGUUAUUAACGAGAUGAGGAAUUAGUAAAUGAUUUGAUUGAAACCUACAAUAAGAAGAUGAGUAACAUAAAUAAUGAAGAGAAGGAUAACUCCUAUCUUUCUUUUGAUGAUGAAGAUCCAAUACUUGUUCUGGAAUAACAACUCGAAAAGGAGAUUACAAAAUAUAAAAAGUAAUUGCAAGUGAAAGCCAAGGAAGUAUAACAUUAAUUAGAGAAUGAAAAAAAAAGAUAAAAGUUAUAACAUGAUAUGAAUGAAAGAGAGAAGAAAAUUGAGGAAUUAUAAUAAAAAAUAGCACAUUAGAAGGAACUGAAAAAGAAAGAAUAGAAACGUGCAGCCUAGAAAAAGUAUAAUGAGAUCAAAGAGAAAGAAAGGGAAAAAUAAAGAAAAUUACUUGAAGACAAAUAAAAGUAAGCUGAAAAAUUUGAGAAAAUUCGUAAGAAAUUGGAAGAAGAUGAACUAUAGCAAAAGAAAGAAUUAGAGGAAUAAGAGAGAAGAUAUCAAGAAAGAAGACAUAUUAUCCAACAAAGAAAACAAAUUUAAGAUAAAGAAUAUAACCAACAUUUGGCUUCAACUAUGAAUUAAAUUGAGUAGAAGUGGGCUGAAACCUCCCAAAACAAAGAUAGAUAGAUAUGGGAAUCUAAAUUGGAAAGAUUAACUAUGAGAAGUACCUUACAUGAGGAAAAGUUAAGAUAAUAUAAACUCAAAACACAAUAAAGAGAAGAAUCCUUGAUGCAAUCAAUUGUUAAGAAAUUAGCUCAUAAAGAAGAGGAUUUAAAAGCAUUAAGAGAAUCAAGAGAAAAGGAGGAAUAAAUGAGAAUCAAAGAAGAAAAAUUGAGAAAAAAGAAAAUUGAAAAAAGUCUAAAGAACAUCAAAUCAUAAUAAUUUGAUAAAGUAGAAACCUUGUAAAAGAAGUUUUAAUUGCUUGAAGAUUACUCAGAAAAAAGAAAAGAAGAAUAAGAAAAUUAGAAAUACAUAAAAAAAGAAAAAAUGAAAUUAAAAUAAUAAGACUUAAUUGAAAAUUAUUAAAGAUAGGAGAGAUUAAAGGAUCUAAAAUUUAAGUAAUUGAUUAAAUCUACUUAAUAAUUAAAUGAAUAAAAAUCAUUAGAAAAGAUGUCUGGAGAACUUGUACGUAGAGCCUAAUAAGAACUAUAAAGAAAGUUAAAGAAAGAUGCUGAAAAUUUAGAUUAAAGUUUAGUAAGUGUGAGUUAAGCAGAUGAAAAAGUUCUGAAUUAAAUGGUCAGUUAGCUUGAAAAGAAUUUAUCAAAUCUGGCUCAAAAUUCUAAAAUAUUAAAUUGA